AACCAUCACUUUAACAUUGUUGUCGUUGGUAGCUGUGAACACAUUAAACACAGAGCAUGUUUGUAUAAUAACAGAGCACCUCCAUUUCUAACAAAGGAGACGUGUUUCCGUUGGCGUACCUGAAGCUCAGGUGGUAGCUUCUUUGUUUUGCUAGACGGUGAACGCGCCUGCGUGCCCGCGCUCUUUAUCACACAGGUGCGCUGGGCUCAGCCCACAAACAGGAGGUAGAGAGCUCGAGCCUCGUUACAAAUACCGAAAGUAACAGGAAUAUCGAGGAUGUCUUAAUUCUUUAUUCGGUAUUAUAACGAGAGGAGCAUGGCGGGUCUGCAGCGGGAUAAUAUGAGACAAACUGCAGAGAACACAGUCAACAUGGAGGAUUUUUUCAAGACGGUGGGGGAGGUGAGAAGCCUCAUUGAAAACAUCUCCUGUCAAGCAGAGGAGGUUGAGAAGAGACAUGGCGCCAUCCUCGCUACUCCAAACCAAGACAAGAGCAACAAAGACUCGCUGGAGCUGCUGAACAAUGACACCAAGAAGAAUGCCAACUUGGUCCGAGCCAAGUUAAAAUCAAUGCAGAAGGACUUUCCUGUGGAUGAGAACAGUAACAGUCCUUCAGUAAUCCAGCGUAUUCAGAAGAACCAGCACUCUCAUCUGACUCGGUGGUUUGCUGAAGUCAUGAGGGGCUACCAUAAAGCCCAAAUCUCCUUCAGAGAGAAAUGCAAAGCACAAAUUCAGAGGCAGCUGGAGAUUGUUGAUAAGGUGACUACAGAUGAAGAGCUGGAGGAGAUGCUGCACCGUGACAAUCUUGACAUUUUCAUUUCUGAUAUCAACUCUGGUGCACGGAUUUCAAGCCAGGCCCUGAGUGAGAUUGAAUCUCGUCAUCAGGAUAUCAUCUGCCUCGAGUCCAGCAUCAAAGAGCUGCACGAAAUAUUUGCUGACACUGCCAUGCUGCUGGAGAUUCAGGGGGAGUUAAUCAACAACAUAGAGAAGAAUGUGACGAGUGCUGCAGAAUAUGUCGACAUAUCCAAAGCAGAAACCCAUAAAGCAGUCACAUACAAGAAAAACCGAUACAAGAUAGCAUCUCUCCCGAGCUUCUUAAAGAGGAAAACCACUGCUAAAACGGCUACUGAUCAAAACACGUCAGAUUUAAACCAUGACUGAGCUCCUGAACCUGUUUGAACACUGACUGCACCAAACAUCCUGAUCAACAUCUUGAUGAAACGCUUCAUCUGAUAUAUGGUGCAGAGCCUGUCUGCCUUCUCAAAUGCACUGUUUUUCUAAAGGAUGAUGAGGAGGCUGUUUCUGUUUUUAACUUAAAUAAGGAAUUUCUGUUAUGAUAAUUACGACUGAUGAAAUGAAAGUGACAAGAUGCUGUGGGCAAAGCUUGAAGGCCAGUUUACGAGGCUGCCUGUGGACUAUCAAAAGGACAAAAACUGCAUACAACUUCAAUCAAUGUUGACACCAAAGCCAAGACUUUAGGUGUCGGACGUGGCGAAAUUGCUCAUUUUCCACCACAAUAAUGAAUGUGGUUAAAACACAUCAUUUAACACACAAACACAAGUUACAUUUUAGAUGCCAAAUAAUUCACUCACUCACUCACUCACUCGCAGUUAGCAGGUGUUGCCAUUAUUGGCCAGUAGAUGGCAUGACAACCUUAGCUUGAACUCUGAACCAGGACCAUUUACCCUCCUUGCUGUCCCGCUGAACUCUGUUUCUGGUAUUUUUGUCUGAUACUGUGUGUUUAUAGUAAUACGAUAUAACGUGAUGUUGUUUUCACAUUUAGAAAUGUGUGUAUGUGUGUAAUCCUAAAAUAAACCUGUGUGACCAAUGUA